UUAGAGAAAGAAAGAUGAACAAAGAAGUAAUAGCUGGAAGUUUGUUAGCCAUGCUAACAACAGCUCUAAUUGCACUCAUCAUUCAUUAUUCCAAUGGCGUUUAUCGCGCCCAAAAUUCUCACCAUUUUUCACCGGAAAGUUCACCGCCUGAAUCUUUUCAGGGAAGUCUUUUUGAAUCCGAUGAUCGAAACAACUCUUCGUCUUCUUCUUCUUCUUCUUCUUCGAAAUCUCCAGCAAUGUUUAUAAUGGGAGAUUCUUCAGUUGAUUGUGGAGGAAAUACUCUGUUUUACCCGAUUCUUCGUCGUAAUCAUUCUUCUUUUCCUUGUUCUAAUGCCUCUGAUUCCACUCUUACUCCUCACUUUCUGGCUAAGAAGAUGGGAUUACCACACAUACCGACAUUUUAUGAACAAAACGGCACAAUUGAAGGCAUAAUGAAUGGGAUAAACUACGGAUCAGCACAAGCCACAAUCCUUCCUAGUCCAAAUGUUCCAAGUUUUCAGUCCCUUAAUCAGCAACUUAGGCAAGCAUUUGAGACAAUUCAACUUCUUCAGUUACAACUAGGUGAAGUAAAAGCACAACAGUUCAUCACUUCCUCUGUCUUCUAUCUUUCCUUAGGCAAAGAUGAUUACAUCAACUUCCUCUUUGAAAACUCCUCGUUUUCCCCGGAUUUCAAUGGCGACUCCCAGCUGGUUCCUAAGCUGUUAGUCGAUGAGAUGAUGAACGCGUUGAGAGAUCUUUAUGAUGCAGGGGUGAGGAAGAUUGUUUCCAUGGGGAUUUUCCCUCUUGGUUGUGCUCCUAGGGCAGUAGUGAAUUGGUACUUCCUUACUGGAAGAAAUAGAAAAAGGAUUCGAGUUUGUGUUAAUGAGAUUAACCAACUUAUUAUGCAGCAUAAUCAGCUCUUGAAUGAUCGUAUCAUUGACCUCAACUUGGAGCUCUCUGAGGCACAAUUUGUGUUUUGUGAUGUCUACCAAGGUUUCAUGCAAAUCAUGUCUGAUCCACAACAAUAUGGAUUUGGAAAUGCAAGAGGAGCAUGCUGUGGAAGAGGGUGGCAUGGAGCAGCAGCAGGAUGUGAUUCAAUGGAAAUGGCUUGCAACCAAUCUUCAUCUCAUGUGUGGUGGGACUUCUACAACCCUACUGAGGCUGUUAAUUCUCUAUUGGCCGAUUCCGCCUGGUCGGGCCAACCGUUAGGUGACAUCUGUCAUCCCAUUGGCAUCCAAAGAUUAGUGAGCAUUUAGUUUAGCUUAAUCAUGAUUAAGAGAUUAUAAUCCAAAAUUAGAAGAUUGAGUUUGGUAUAGCAUUAUAGUUUCUCUGUUAUAAAUAGGUUCCAAACUUUGAUAACUUUUUUUAGGUCAACUAGCUAUGAGAUCAGAUGUAAUAUACAUAAAUCAAUUCUACUUUUAUAGAAUGUGUUGUGAACUAACCAU